AUGGAAAAGGGCGCCGUGUCCACUCUCCACGAGGAGAGCCUCCCCAUUGAGGCGGGGGAAAAGGCUGGGAUCAACGAGAUCGCGGACAACGCCAAGAACGCCGCCGAGCAUGAGCACGAGCUGACGCCGAUGCAAGCUGUUCGAAAAUACCCCAAGGCUAUCUGCUGGUGUCUCCUCAUCUCGGCCUGUGUCAUCAUGGAGGGCUACGACACAAGCUUGCUCGGCAACUUCUAUGCGUAUCCCGAGUUUGCGAAGCGAUAUGGAAAAUUCAACGAAAUCUCUGGCAACUACCAGUUGACGGCGCCAUGGCAAGCCGGCCUGAGCAACGCCUCUGGUGUGGGCUCCUUCUUCGGAACCCUUCUCAACGGUUACCUCGUCCACAAGUUUGGCCAUCUGCGUGUCAUCUCGGGCGCUCUCUUCUUCCUCAGCUGCUUCGUCUUUAUCGUCUUCUUCGCCCCUAACACCACCGUGCUUCUGGUGGGCGAGCUGCUUUGCGGCUUCCCCUGGGGAAUCUUCGCUACGACAGCCCCCGCCUACGCGUCUGAGGUUUUGCCCAUGGCGCUGCGAACCUACCUUACCAGCUGGACAAACAUGUGCUUCAUCAUUGGACAGCUGAUUGCGUCGGGAGUUCUGGCUGGAUUGGUCAACAACCACACUCAGUGGUCGUACAGAAUUCCCUUUGCCCUCCAGUGGUUCUGGCCUGUUGUCUUGGGCCCCAUCCUCUUCUUCGCCCCUGAGACUCCGUGGCACCUUGUCCGAGUUGGAAAGAUUGAGGAAGCCAAGAAAUCUCUCCGAGCUCUGCGUACUAACCCCACUGAGGAGGAGAUUCAAGAAUCCCUCAACCUCAUCAUCUACACCAACAACCUCGAGGAGCAACUUGAAGUUGGAACCUCAUACUGGGACUGCUUCAAGGGCUUCGAGCUGCGCCGAACUGAAGUCUCGUGCAUGUGCAUGGUUGGCCAGGUUCUCUGCGGUAUUUCCUUUGCUUACAACUCGACCUAUUUCUUCCAGCAAAUCGGCUUAACCCCUACGCAGACCUACCACCUCAACGUUGGCGGUACUGGAAUGGCCCUCUUCGGUACGCUUGUCUGCUGGUUCUUCAUCAUGCCCAACUUCGGCUACCGAACCACCUACUGGGUCGGGAUGGGAGGCAUGUGCGCCAUCCUCGUCCUCAUCGGCGGCUUGAAUGCCCGCACCAGCGAACACUCUUUCGCCAUGGCUCAGGCUGUUCUCACCCUUGUCUGGACUCUCAUCUUCCAGCUUUCCGUCGGCCAACUUGGAUGGGCUCUCCCCGCCGAACUCGGAUCCACUCGUCUGCGCCAGAAGACCAUCUGCCUUGCCCGAAACUCAUACGCCAUCACCGGUGUCGUUUCUGGCGUUCUCCAGCCUUACUUCAUGAACCCCUCCGAAUGGAACCUCAAGGGCUACACCGGCUUCGUCUGGGGUGGCACUUGCUUCUUGAUGACUGUUUGGGCUUACUUCCGUCUCCCCGAAUCCAAGGGCCGCACUUAUGAGGAGCUUGAUGUCCUCUUCGCUAGAAGGGUUCCCGCUCGCAAGUUUGCCAAGUACAAGAUUGAUGCCUUCAACGAAGACACCUUGGCAUAA